AUGGAGGAGUUUGAUGAUGUCGAUCAACAAACGAAUGCUCUCAGUCUCAUCGAUCUAGACUGUCAAUUUUCAGAUACUGUUAGCUUGAAUUGUAAAUCAGAAAACCAGACAGAGGCCACGACUCUUCAGUUGUCAGAAGCUAUGGGUGCACAAAAAGAAGCGUUUCUCACUAUGAACGGUGAUGGAAAUGACCAAUUACCUGACCUGUGUGAGUGGACUGAACUGGAAAGCAGCCAAAGAAAUGGAAGAUGUAACCUACGUAAAAGUUUAGCCUGGGAUAGUGCUUUCUUCACUAGUUCAGGUGUUCUGGACCCGGAAGAAUUGUCCAGUAUGCUUAAAGGAGCUGGAAAGGCCGGAAAACAUUUAUUGCCUGGAAUUGAAGAAGAUAUAAGAAAGUCAACUGAGUCGAUCUCCACGCUAGAAAGUGAUAGCUUGACCCUUGAAAGUCUUGAGGAUGACUUGUUUGCGGACAUAAGAGCUUCAAUCCAAAGAUCUAGCAGAAGAGCAUUCACCAUGACAAAUUCCGGCGGUAAUGCUGUGGUGAUAGAUAACCAAGCAAUUUCAUGCCUGAGGAAGGAUGACCUGGCUUCUGAGAAUCAGCUAAAUCCAAAACCUGCUGUAAAGAAACUUAUCGGCAUGCAAGCAAUUAGGAUGCCAAAAUGUCAAGGUUUCGUUUUAUAA